GAAAUGUAGUCGGGCCUCACUCUUACCCUGCGCGGUUAAAGGCGCCAAUUGGUGCACAUGUUACUGCGAGGCUACACCUUUAGCUGACCAAUGAAAACUAGACUUCGUCCUCAUCCGGGUUUUGGACAGUGGCAAGCAUGGCACCACCUGUGAGAUACUGUAUCCCCGGCGAACGUCUGUGUAACUUGGAAGAAGGCAGCCCCGGCAGCGGCACCUACACCCGGCACGGCUACAUCUUUUCGUCGCUGGCAGGCUGCCUGACGAAGACCAGCGAUAAUGGCGCGCUUCCUGUGGUGUCUGUGAUGAGAGAGACAGAGUCCCAACUUCUUCCAGAUGUGGGAGCUGUGGUCACCUGUAAGGUCUCUAGCAUCAAUUCACGUUUUGCCAAAGUCCACAUCCUGUAUGUGGGAUCCACACCACUUAAAAACGCUUUUCGAGGAACUAUCCGCAAGGAAGAUAUCCGAGCAACUGAAAAAGACAAGGUUGAAAUUUACAAGAGUUUCCGCCCAGGUGACAUAGUAUUGGCCAAAGUUAUCUCCCUAGGUGAUGCGCAGUCCAAUUACCUGCUGACCACUGCAGAAAAUGAGCUAGGAGUAGUGGUGGCCCACAGCGAAUCCGGUGUGCAGAUGGUCCCCAUCAGCUGGUGUGAGAUGCAGUGCCCUAAGACCCACACUAAAGAAUUCCGAAAAGUGGCCAGAGUGCAGCCCGAGUUCUUACAGACCUAAGCGCGCUGUCCCGAAGGGCGUAACUACUUCCAAAAGCGCACAUAGGAAGAGAACGUCAAGAUCCAUGUCUUUACUGAGGUG